CAAGGUUCUAUAUUUCUCUCUUUCUUUCUUUCUCUAUUUUGUUUUUUUAUUUGCUUAUAAUGUCGGACAAUUAUGAGAUGACCUGUCAAGAGCUCGAUGCUAUAACCUCAUCAUAUCUAUCCAAGCUUGAGGAGUACAUGCAAAUGUGCAAUGAAACAGCAAAUCACUUUCAACAGGGGUUUUUAGACUUGGCUCAUGCAAAGUAUACAAUGGGGACAAGAACUAUUUCGCGUUAUUCAUAUGACAGUCGUAUGAAAGCAAGUUUAAAAGUAGAAAUAGAAAAUGAUCUUGUCUGUGUGAUGAAUGACAAUAAAGAAAAGGAAGAACAAGUAGAGGGAUUAAGAAAUAGACAUCAAAAGGAACAGAUUCAAUCAAAAGAUGAUAACAAAGAUCAAAGCAAUGAUACGAAAAAGAAGAAUAAGGAUCCUCUUUACUGGUUUGGAUUGUUAGUGUCUCCUUCACUACGAACAAGUCAAAAGCACUUUAGUUUAGCAACAGAAAGGUUGAUUGAUCAAGUGAAUAGAAUAAAGGAGUUGAGAGAAUUGGAAAUAAAGUAUAAGGAAUUGAUGGAAAAGAAAGAGAAAUAA